AUGGAUAUCUCUGACUCGACUGAAAGGAAAGACGAUCUCAAGGAGAAGCCUUCAGAGGCAGCCACUCAGGAUGUGGUGUUUGGUGAAAUAACGGAGGGUGGACCAAAUUAUCGCAAUGUGGGCUUCCCAGGCACUGUCAUUCUGAUGAUGAAGACCCAGAUCGGCCUCGGGGUUCUCUCCAUACCAACAGCCUUUGAUUCUCUCGGUAUUGUGCCAGGUGUCAUAUGCCUAUGCGUCAUCGCAGCCGUGACUACGUGGUCCGACUAUGUCAUCGGCGCUUUUAAGCUCAAUCAUCGCGAGGUUUAUGGCAUUGAUGAUGCCGCAGGAUUGAUGUUUGGUUCAAUAGGCCGUGGAGUCCUCUCUGUGAUUUUCUGCCUAUAUUGGGUAUUCGUGAGCGGCUCUGGUAUUUUGGGGAUCUCAAUUGGGUUGAACGCAGUCUCUACGCACGGUGCUUGCACCGCUGUGUUUUCCCUGAUCGCCGCUGCUUUGGGUUUUGGCUUUAGUAGCGUUCGCACGCUUGGCCGUAUCACUUGGCUGGCAUGGAUUGGGCUCCCGUGUAUUCUUGUCGCUGUCAUGAUUGUUACAAUCGCUGUCGCCAUCCGCGACCGUCCAGCCGCAGCCCCGAUGACCGCAGGCCCUUGGGUUUCAGACGUGAAAAUUGUGGGCAACCCGACAUUCACAGAAGGGAUCACGGCAGUCUGUAAUCUUGUGUUUGCCUUUUCCGGCACACCAGGGUUCUUCGCUAUUAUCUCUGAAAUGCGCGACCCUCGCCAAUACACGCCCGCUAUGCUCAUUUGCCAGACAGGGGUGACCGCUAUAUACUCUGUUGUUGGGUGUGUGGUCUACUAUUAUUGUGGCUCGUAUGUUUCUUCGCCCGCUCUGGGCUCGGCUGGCGGGACAAUCAAGCAGAUCGCAUAUGGCUUCGCGCUCCCAGGUCUGAUCGUUACAACAACAAUCGUCACACAUAUACCAGCAAAGUAUAUGUUUGUCUACUUUCUUCGCGGCUCCCGACAUCUGACGAGCAACACUCUCGUUCACUGGGCAAGCUGGCUUGGCUGUACCUUCGGUGUCACUGUCGUCGCCUACAUAAUCGCCAGCAGCAUUCCGAUCUUCGAUGGCCUUGUUUCCCUCAUCGGUGCCAUGCUGGGAACAAUCUUGUGCUUCCAGCCCUACGGUUGCAUGUGGCUAUAUGAUAACUGGGGAAAAGGUAGAAGUAGCUCCCGGACUUGGUUGCCUAUGGUAGGACUCAGCAUUUUGGUCAUAGUUCUGGGGACGUUCCUGACUGUCGCGGGAACCUUUGGGUCUGUGGUCGGCAUCAUAAAGUCCUAUCACCAAUCAGGCGGGGCAAAAGCGUUUUCCUGUGCGGAUAAUUCGAACUCUACAUAG